AUGAUAUUACUUCCUGGAUCACGUUUGUGUGUGCAGUGGCCAAUUUUUGCAGGCAAUAACAAAGGGAAUCUGCCAAAAGAAAUACGAUUGAAGGAGAAACGGCGUUAACUAAUAUAUAAGGAUAUAGCUAGCCAAGUCAAUUAAAUCAAUAGAUGCACAUUUCGGCAAUAUCUUGACAGAUUGCGGCAACGUCUUCGGUCGAUAACAGAUAGCUGUCCUGGCUAGCUAACGUUAUCUAGCUAUGUUGUUAGUUUGCUAGUUAGGUUACAGUUGUGUUAUAUUUGGCAAUAAAUCUUCAACAAAAAUCUAUUAAUAACCGGUUAGUUAGACGAUGACUAUCUCGAUACGAUAUCUUAACUGUUUUUUUGUUUUGUUUUUAAGCUAGGGAGCUGCUGUAGCUUGCUACUACUAGCUAGUUAGCUAGCUAACCAAGUCAGCAGAAUAUAGCCAGCUGUAUAGCCUCAAAAAACGUGAAACAGGUUGUUGGCUAGCUAGCUAACUGUUAGCGUAGUGUCAGUAGAUAGGUUUUCUAUUUGAACGGAGUAGGGCAUACACAAUUGCUGUAAAAAAUGUCAAAAUACACAAGUUUUCCUGAACCAGGCGACGACCACAACCCAUUCCAGGUGAUAUGAAAUGCAAACGGCAAAUAUUUAGCUACUGUUAUUUUAUUUAUUUAGCUACAAUGUUGAUGAAAAAGGUGUUUGAUGUUUUGCCUGUUGCACUAGCGUAAUAGCAGACGUGCUGUUACUUAUGACAUGUGAUGCUACUCUCUCCCUGCUCUAACCCAGGCUAUUCUAAGAAUAUAUCUAGUAGUUGUACAUUAAAACAUGUUCCAAAGGGCUCAUUGAAUGAAAGCUGCCAUAUUGAUACUUAUGGGAUCAAUGUUAAGUCCCAAAUGGGCCCAUAUUCCCUACAAAGGGCACUAUAUAUAUUUGAAUCUACAGUCCAAAGUACUGAACCAUAUAGGGAAUAGGGUGCCAUUUAGGACGUAACUCAUAGAAUGAGCAAUUACAAUAAUUUAAUAGGAUUAUAUAAACUCAGCAAAAAAAGAAACAUCCCUUUUUCAGGACCCUGUCAUUCAAAGAUAAUUUGCAAAAAUCAAAAUAACUUCACAGAUCUUCAUUGUAAAGGGUUUAAACACUGUUUCCCAUGCUUAUUCAACGGUCGUUAAGACACUAACCGCUUACAGACGGUAGGCAAUUAAGGUCACAGUUAUGAAAACUUAGGACACUAAAGAGGCCUUUCUACUGACUCUGAAAAACAACAAAAGAAAGAUGCCCAGGGUCGUGAACGUGCCUUAGGCAUGCUGCAAGGAGGCAUGAAGACUGCAGAUGUGGCCAGGGCAAUAAAUUGCAAUGUCCGUACUGUGAGACGUCUAAGACAGCGCUACAGGGAGACAGAACGGACAGCUGAUCGUCCUAGCAGUGGCAGACCACGUGUAACAACACCUGCACAGGAUCGGUACAUCCGAACAUCACACUUGCGGGACAGGUACAGGAUGGCAACAACAACUGCCAGAGUUACACCAGGAACGCACAAUCCCUCCAUCAGUGCUCAGACUGUCCGCAAUAGGCUGAGAGAGGCUGGACUGAGGGCUUGUAGGCCUGUUGUAAGGCAGGUCCUCACCAGACAUCACCGGCAACAACGUCGCCUAUGGGCACAAACCCACCGUCACUGGACCAGACAGGACUGGCAAAAAAUGCUCUUCACUGACGAGUCACGGUUUUGUCUCACCAGGGGUGAUGGUCGGAUUUGCGUUUAUCGUAGAAGGAAUGAGCGUUACACCGAUGCCUAUACUCUGGAGCGGGAUCAAUUUGGAGGUGGAGGGUCCGUCAUGGUCUGGGGCCGUGUGUCACAGCAUCAUCGGACUGAGCUUGUUGUCAUUGCAGGCAAUCUCAACGCGGUGCGUUACAGGGAAGACAUCCUCCUCACUCAUGUGGUACCCUUCCUGCAGGCUCAUCCUGACAUGACCCUCCAGCAUGACAAUGCCACCAGCCAUACUGCUCGUUCUGUGUGUGAUUUCCUGCAAGACAGGAAUGUCAGUGGUCUGCCAUGGCCAAUCAAGAGCCCGGAUCUCAAUCCCAUUGAGCACGUCUGGGACCUGUUGGAUCGGAGGGUGAGGGCUAGGGCCAUUCCCCCCAGAAAUGUCCGGGAACUUGCAGGUGCCUUGGUGGAAGAGUGGGGUAACAUCUCACAGCAAGAACUGGCACAUCUGGUGCAGUCCAUGAGGAGGAGAUGCACUGCAGUACUUAAUGCAACUGGUGGCCACACCAGAAACAGACUUCUGAUUUUGACCCCCCCUUUGUUCAUGGACACAUUAUUGCAUUUCUGUUAGUCACAUGUCUGUGGAACUUGUUCAGUUUAUGUCUCAGUUGUUGAAUCUUAUGUUCAUACAAAUAUUUACACAUGUUAAGUUUGUUGAAAAUAAAUGCAGUUGACAGUGAGAGGAUGUUUCUUUUUUUUUGCUGAGUUUAUUAAUAGUAAUUUAAGAGGAUCUCUAUGACGUAGCCCAAGAGUGAUUGCUUUUAUGAUGUUCUGUUGGUGAUGUUUAUCUUGUCUAUGUCAGGACCCUGCAGUGACCCAACACAGCAGCAACACUGAGUAUGCCACGCUGGAUCUUUACAACCCAUUUGACAAUAAAAAUGGGGUAAGAGAUGUGUUUUUCAGAAUAUGAAUGCUUUGGAGAUUCAGUAUAAUAUGCAGUAUGUGCUUUGGCAGAGUAGCAGGAAUGCCACUACAUUCCAAGCAAUUGGACAUGGUAACAUGCCAGGAUAGCCACUUUGUUUGUGAUCAUUAUAAACGUUAUUGGUAAUGAUAUAGGUUGAUUAUUGUCAUGCACUCUCUAGCCCCCACCACCAGCCUAUGCAGCCACCUCCCCAUCUGCCCCCCAACCUGUUCCUGCAACAACCCCACCCAGCAGGAUUACGCCUACAGAGCCCCGCAACUAUGGCACCUCCUUCACCCCCCAGGUACUUGUUCUAUAUGUAUUACACAAUUGUCAGGAGUCACCUGUGCAGGUUAUAGAACAAACCCUAUACAGCUAGAAAUAAUACUCAUAGACAAGCAACACAUAUCUCUGUGUGUGAUAAUUCAAUUGCCCCAUGUUUAUUUACUAGCUUGACAUGGAGCACCUGAACUUAUCAGACUCAUUUCUAAUAAACCAAGUUCAUCUACUGUAUCUACUAAGGUAUAUGGAGCUAUAUUCAGCUCUGCAUUAAAGCCUGAUGUUGUCCUUUUCGCAGACAGCGGUCAACGCCACCACAGCAGAGCUCCUGAGGAAGCAGGAAGAGCUGGAGAAGAAAGCCCGUGAGCUGGAGAGGAGGGAGAGGGAGCUGAACUCUCACGCCCUCGGCCCUGGAGCCAGUAAGAGAGUGGGGUGGUGGUGGUGAUGAUAGUCUGAUAUGAAAUGAUGGAGGGGGGGGGGGGGGUUGUGUUAAUGAAGGGAGGAUCGGAGAUGGUAGGAUUACCUUACACUGGUUCCUAACUGCCUCAUCUCUCUGUCAGCUCGUCAGAAUAACUGGCCUCCCCUGCCCACUUUCUGCCCUGUGGGACCAUGCUUCUACCAAGACAUCAACAUGGAGAUCAGCCAGAGCUUCCAACGCACUGUCUCCAUCAUGUAUUACUACUGGAUGUGUGAGUUUCCCCGUCUGUGCCUGGCUGUCUUCUGCCUGUCUGGUGAAGUCAUCUGUAACAAGGAACAAUUUCAUGAAAGAAUGAUGGUAGUAAUGCUCAGAUUAAAUGAUUAACGAAAAUGUUUAGCAGUUUGUUAAGAAUGUUACCUAAUAGUUAAUGACACUGUUGAAACGUAGAGAUUUCUCAAAUUAAUUUACACCAAUUUACCUUUCUCUUCUUAUUUUGCCUACAUACCUAUCCAUCCCUCCAUCUCUGGUCUGCAUCUCUAUAACCUCUAUUAUCUCCUUUCUCUUUACCCCCUUUAUCUACUCUUUAUUCCCUUUCUUCCCCUCACUUUUCAUGCUCUCAUUCACUCCCUUCGCUCACUCCCUUGCUCUUCCUCAUCACUUCACCCAUCCUACGCUCUUCCUUUUGUCUUCUUUCUCUCCCCCUCUUUCAGUCACUGCCUGCGCACUGGCGUUUAACUUAAUUUCCUGCCUGAGUCUGUUCUGUGUGGACUCUUCUGGUGGUGUUGGGCUGGGCCUGGCCAUCCUCUGGGUCCUCCUCUUCACCCCCUGCUCCUUUGUCUGUUGGUACAGGCCUGUGUACAAAGCCUUCAGGUGUGUACUAUUGCACAAUUCGAGUUUAGGGGCUUGUCAUUACAAAACGGACAUGCUCUAUUUAGAUUUCUUCUGUUUAUAUCAGGUUACAAUGAACCGAUGAAUGCAUUUUUCGUUUCAGGAGUGACAGCUCCUUCAACUUCUUCACCUUCUUCUUCAUUUUUUUCGUCCAAGUGAUUGUCUAUGUUAUCAUGACCAUUGGCAUUCCUGGAUGGGGUUUCAGGUACGUGCCACAAACAAGCCAACCAUUGUCAAGGACUAUCUUAUGACUGUUACAAUUACUAUCAUAGAUUUACGUUACUUUUACACUAUUAAAUCUCCUAUAAAGUACAUUCCUCACACACCUAUCCUUCGUCACACUCCCCCUCUGUCUCUCUCUCUCUCUCCUUCCCUCCCGAUCCCUGUUCCACUCAGCGGCUGGAUUGUGAGUCUGGCUGCUCUGAAGACUAGUGUGCCUGUUGGUGUGAUCAUGAUGCUCAAUGCCAUCCUAUUUACUGCCCAGGCUGCCAUGGGGGUUGUCAUGCUCAAAAGGGUAAACCUGAAAUGAAGGCAUAAGAGGGAGGGGAAUUUAGCCUAGUUUAACCAGGCUAAAGGGUAUUGUAUGCUAGGGCAAAUCAGGACAUUGUGGAGUAAUUACAGUAGGUAGACAAUGGUUUGGAAUGAAGUACAACAUGGGGGAGGAAGGAAUAGGAUGAGGGUAAAAAGGCAACAACAUAAACACUCAGCUUCUCAAAUCUUUUUCAUCUUGAACCAGUAUGUCAAUUAACAUUUAGAAUCGUCCACAGAAAUUAGAGUAAUUAUUAGAGAGUAAUUAUUAGUAUUAUUUACUGUAUUGUUUUCAGAUUGGUAGCGAGUAUGGUGUUGAGAUAUGAGCAAUUCCAUGGUAACAGAGUGAUACUGCGACUCAGAUUCUUCACUUUAAAUUGUAGGUCAAACAAAAACCAAUGAUUGCAAAGUUAAACAAACUAUGGAACUCUAUGCACUAGGACUACUUUUUAUCAAUUUCCACUGAAUAAAAAACAGUGCAGAUGCAACAUUUGGUAUCAGAAUGAUGGUUUGUGCCGUCAUUCUGCACUGUUCUUGUGUUUUUGUGAAGUUUGCUGUGGAAAUUGUUAAAAGUAGUCCUUGUGCAUAGAGUGCCAUAGUUUGUUUAACUUUGCAAUCAUUGGUUUUUGUUUGAGCUACAAUUUAAAAUGAAAAACGGAGUCUCGGCAUCACUCUGUUAUCGUGGAGUUGCCCAUAUGUAUCAUGUAUCAAAGCCUUCUUCCUCUCCCCUCCAGGUCCACUCUCUGUACAGGCAGACCGGUGCCAGCUUCGUGAAGGCUCAGGCUGAGUUUGCCACUGGAGUGAUGUCCAAUCAGGCUGUUCGCCAGGCAGCUGCCAACGCCACUGCUUCUGCCGCCCAGGGGGCCUUUACUGGGGUGUCUCGAUAG